AUGUCGCGUCAGCAGCAAAAUCCAUUUGACGACUUGCUAUCCGAUAAUCCCCAUCCAAAUCAACAUACAACACAGGAUGAUCCUUUCGGAGAUGACGAGCCAGAUCUGUUCAGUCCAUCUGGAGCAACGCCAUAUAACCAAAGAGCCAGAUCUGGUGCCGGGAGGGGCUCAAGUAAGCCUCAGCACGGUUAUGCAUUAGAUCCAUUCUUUGACGAUGAUGACGAGUAUGGCGGGGUGGACAGUCCAGUGGAUACAUGGCACCUCAAUCAUCUUCAACAGUCAACGUGA